AUGAUGCAGAUCCUCCCCUCUCAUUCGGAGGCCAAUGUAGUCUACAUGCCAGACCGGGAGGUGAGCGACGUGGCGGACCCCGACUUGGGGGCGGCCGCCCUGGAGGACGACGCUAGAGGCGGCUGUGGUGGGGCGGUCGGCUCCGUAGGAGGAGGUGGCGUAGAGGACUGGUCGGAUGAUGAGGAGGAGGAGCAGGUGCCGCGCCACCCGCUGCCUUCCGAUAGGGUGGGUCCAAGCUCCUCAGCCGCACCAACCGCACCAGGCGGUGGGUCGAAGCGCCGAGGUGUGCUGCUGUUCGGCAGCCACCCCAAGAAGCCCAAGCACUGGGCCGCCGCGGCCAAGAACAUGGCCGCUGCGACCAAGUGGCGCGAGGCCGCCGCGAAGGCGACCAAGUUCCAGAAGGCCCCCAAGAAGCCUCCGAUGGUGUCGGCCCUCCGUCAUCGGGGCGGCAAGGGCUCCACCAACAACCGCUGUAUAGACCCGGUCGCCGAUCUCCAGGAGGCGCAGGAAAGGAACGCACGGGAGGUGCGGGAGGAAAAAGAAGCCGCCGCCAAGAAGGCGGAGGCCGACAAGGCAGCCGCAGCCAAGGCGGCGCAAGCGGACGCAGACGCCACAGCCAAGGCCCAAGCCGACACCGUGGCAAAGAAACGGGCAGAGGAUGCCGCGCGCCAGCAAAUCCCGCAGCUCAUCACCCCCUUGCACUCUGCGCCACCAGCGCCAGAGAUCUCGGCGCCGGCUGGAGGAGCCAGCAACGAGCAGCCGGUCGUGGAGAGGGAACGCGGGGAUGCCGUCUUGCCAGAGAUGGAGGCGCCUCCGCAACCGCCGACUGCAGAUGGGCAGGGCAGCCAGCCGGCUGCCCCAUUGGUGCCGCCAGCCGGAGGCGAGCUGGUGGUGGGCUCGGCUCCCACGGCCCGCACUCUAGUGCGCCGCCGUGUGGAGAAAGCGGCAUCGGCGCUGAGGCCGAUGGAGGUUGGGAGCGCCAGUUCGUCGGCCCUCGACGCCGAAGCCACCAGCGUCGUGCCAACAGAGUGGGUGCAUGGCGGGGGGACGAGCGCCUUGAUCAAGGUGGCGCAGGACGUCCAGGCCGAUUUCAAGGCCGAAGCCGCCGCCCUUUCGCAAUGCAUGAAGGCGUUCGUGAAGACGCGGGCCACCGUACGGGACUAUCACAACGUCCGCGCGGCCACCUUCAAUGCCCAUGUUCGGGAGCUGGACCGCCGGACCGCCGACUUGGCAGAAAGCCGGAUAGCCAACGCCGCCUUGCAGCAGCAACUGGGCGAAGCCAACACCGUGUUGUGUGCCAAGGAGGAGGAGUGCAACAGGGCGGCCCAUGAGCGCGACCGCCUGGCCAAGGAACUGAAAGACCAGGCGGAACUUCACAAGGCGGCCCUGAAGCAGGCAGAAGACAACGAAGCCAGGCUCCUGGCUGAGUUUGAGACCGAGCACUCAGACUUCUUUCCUGGCCACUCCGUCGCCGCCAACCAAGCCAUUGAAGCUCGCCGCGAGGAGCGGUGGGCGGAAGGCGCGGAGAUUGCCACCAAUGCCCCUCGGACCCUUGGCGAGCAGCUUCUUGGUAUUCAAGCUCGUCUCCGGCCGGCUCAACGGAUGCUCCACCGGCUGCAGCGUGCUGGGGCUCAGGCGAUCUCCGCCCUCUGGCUGGACAGGCAAACUCCACGCACCCCCAAUCGGACUGCCGACUCGUUCAAAGUGGCUGCCGGCCGGCUUGAGGCAUGGAAGGGCUCUGCAGCCCGAGCAGGAGCGUGGCGGGCAUUGGAGUUCACCAAGGCAUGGUAUCCUGGGCUAGAUCUAGGCCAGUUGGCCACGUUUCGCAAGGAAGCCAGUGCCGAAUUGGUGCCAGUGGAGCGCGACCUCACUCUUCGCGCAGCAGCAAUCGCUGAGUACACCAACACCGGUAUCUUCGUCCCUGAGCUGACCGUUUACGGCGCCGAGGUGCCGCCGGAAUGGCCAACAUCUUCAGCGAAGAAGAGGAAAGAAGAUGCAGCGGCCGUGCCCUCCGUGGAGAAAGGAGGCAACAGCGCCCGCAUCUCCCCGGCCGAUCGUCCUCGCAAGGCCAAGAGGAGCAUCGCCGCGUGGACUGAAGAUCAGUACGAGGCGGCUGCCGCGGCUGUGCAGGAUCAGGUGGGGGCCUUUCUGAGGAGGUUCUGCGGCUUCGUCUUUGCCCCUCUGUCCGGCGUCGUCGACCUUGUAGCUGGUGGUGAAGGUGAAGACAAGAUUGCUCCCGAGGGAGCACCUUCCGCGGGCGAUGGCAACGUCUAG